AAUAAGCUACACCAAGCUGUAGCAGCCAGGGAUUUAGCAGCAGUUAAAAAAAGGUUAACAAAAAGAAGUGAAAAAACAAAACUGUUAGAAUGUGAUUCAAUGGACCAAACACCAUUAAUGGCAGCUUUAAGAAAUGGAUCAUAUGAUAUAGUUAAGGAAAUUUUAACAUUUUAUCAUGCAAAUAGAAUGGAUAUGAAUGUACAAGAUAAAAGUGGUUAUACCCCAUUGCACGUAGCAGCAUCAAAUUGUGAUGAUCAAAUUUUAAUGUUAUUACUUGGUUACGAUGAAGUUAAUGUAAACACAAUAAACAAUGAUAGAAACUCAGCACUUCACUAUUUUUGUCAAAAAUUUAAAUCACCAAAUUUACACGAACCAUUCCAAUUAUUUUUAAAGAAGGGGGUCAAUAUAAAUGCUCAAAACAAAAAUGGUGAAACACCACUUCAUAAAUCAAUUUUUAAUAAUAAUGUACGUGUCUUAAUGGUUAAUAUUUUAUUAGAGGCUGGAGCAGAAGUAAAUGUAUUAAAUUCAAGAGGUGAAAGUCCAUUACAUUUUGCAGUUCAUCUUGGUAGAGAAGAUUUAGUAACUAUACUCGUUAAAGCAGGUGCAGAUAUUACAGUUAAAGGAAAUGAAGGCAAAACAUGUUAUGAAUUAGCUCUCACAGGGGGCAAUGUAAAAGUAAUAAAUUUUUUAAAGAAUGUAACAGAUAUUUUCAAUUGGUUAAAAUCUAUUGAAUUGGAACAAUAUUAUUUAAAUUUUGUAAAGGAAGAAAUUUUUAUGGAUCUUUUAUUGGAUAUCGACGAGAAGACUUUAGACAGCAUUGGUAUUCCAAAAGGACAUCUUAUAAAGAUAUCAAAGAGUUGUUCGCAAUUAAGAGAUCAACAAUUAUUACAACAGCAACAACAACAACAACAACAAGCACAACGUCACACAACAACCACAACCACAACCACAAGUGGAGCCGGUACAUUAAAUGAAACUUUAACUAAUCUCGAACAUUGGGUUAUUGAUCAUCAAGAUUUAGAAUAUACAUUAAAAUUAGGCUCUGGUAGUUCAGGUAAAGUUUUUAAGGGUCUUUAUAAAGGUAAAGUGGUUGCAGUCAAAGUACUCAAAGCUAUUACUACUCAAUCACAAUUAGAAGAAUUUAAAAAAGAAUUUCAAAUCAUGGGCUCCAUUCGUUCUUCAUUUAUGGUUACUUUCUAUGGUGCUUGUAUCGAACCAAAGCUUUGUAUGGUUAUGGAAUAUUGUAGCCGUGAUUCGCUUUAUCAUGUAAUGAAUACUAAAGAAUAUGAAAUAGGUUGGGAUAGAUUUUUCCAAUUCACAAUGCAAAUGACUUUAGGUGUUCAAUGUCUUCAUAAUUGGACCCCCCAAAUUGUACACAGAGAUUUUAAAUCAUUAAAUUUAUUAGUAAAUGAAGAUUGGGAAUGUAAAGUUAGUGAUUUUGGUUUAAGUCGUUUUAAUACUGCCGAUAAUUUAGAAACUUUAAGUAAAAUUCGUGGUACCUUUGCCUAUUGUUCACCAGAAGUUGCAGUUGGUAAUGGUUCAAUUUAUACAACUAAAUCAGAUAUUUAUAGUAUUGGUAUUGUAUUUUGGGAACUUAUUAUGAGAGUUAUUAAUGGCGAAUACUCUCGUCCAUACAGCGAGUAUCCACACAUCAAAAUGGAUUUCCAAAUUAUGUUAAACUCUAAAGAGGGUCUUAGACCAACCUUACCAGCAAAUACACCAGAAGGUCUUAAAAACCUUUACAGACAAUGUGUUGAUCAAGAGCAAUUACAAAGACCUAGUUGUGAAGAAAUUAUUGAAGCUUUAAAUCGAUUAAGACAUGAAUAUAUGUCAAAUAAACCUCAUUGGGACUCUUUAUUG